CAGAAAACAUAAAGGUUCAGGACCCAGAUGGGCUAGUCCAUAGGUAAACAAAGAGAUAAAACAUGGGCUUUAAGGGUCUGCUUAGCUAGAAAAUCAGCAUCGCUGUUCUGGGAACGGGAGAUGUGAUUGAAGGUGAUAGAAUCGAAGCUGGAAGAGAGACUCUUGAUGUCCUGGAGCACACCAUAGAUUUCCUUAAGCUGAUUCGGGAUAGAGAUUGCUCUGAUGAGCGUUGCGCAAUCGGAGAGGAACGCGACCGAGAGGAGUUCCAGUUUCAUUGCUUCUGUGAUUCCUUUACGGAGAGCCAGUGAUUCGGCCAUGAGAGGAGAGCUAACGUUGUCGAUGAUGCAUGUGCCUGACGAGAAGAAGCCCAAUUGUUCAUUAGUGAAUCGCCAAGCAGUACCUGCUCGCUUUGAUGACGCCUCCAAGCUGCAUCUACGAAACAACAGAUUGUGUGGUUUUGUCUGGGGGCUUGUCGCAAAGGUAACCUCACAGGUACCAGCAGAUCCAUGGGAGAACUGGAGCUCUAAUCCCUGUAGGUGGGAGGCAGAUCAUCUCUCUGGCUUUCACCAUCAACGUUUUGAAAUCUGCCUCCUCCUCAAUGCGAAUUGGUGAUUUGAGGGGGAUAAAACGCCAUACUUCUUUGGCAAAGGGGCAUUGGAAGAAGACGUGCAUUGCUGUUUCUACUUUCUUACA